CGCGUUGCGAUGCCAGCGCUCUGAGUGAACACACCAAGUUUAGCUACCUGGCCACUCCUGCUUAGGAACAGGUGUAAGUAGCGCAGAGGCAAGGCGACUGUGGAUAUACAUUCAUAUUCGGUGUACACGGCGGUGCGAAUAUGUCGUUGAUGUUUCACUCGACCGCGCACACAAUUCUUGACCGACAUUGAAUCACUCGUGCAGAUAGACCUCGUCUUUUUACGCAUCGUCUACUAAAUUUACAAACGUGACUGUAAUGAACACCUGUUGUAACUCUACAGUAAAUUAUUCCAUAAAUUGCAAACUGUGAAGAUGCGAAGUGUACGUUAGCUCUAACCUCCACUAACCAGCUCCUGCUAUUGGCCAGUCCAGCACCCGGCAAAGGUCCUGACGUUUUUCGGACUUCUCCGACUCACCGCCUCACCUCUGCUGCUGUCACUGCUGAACGCGAACGUCUCCUACACUCGUCACUGCCAUCUCCUGCCCCAGAGCAUUUGUCAGGUGUGAUCUUCCAACGUCAUGGAGUCGGAGGCAAAGAAGGCGGCGGGUGCGGAGGCAGACGCCGUUGAGAGGGGAGGGAGUGCCCCCUACCGGCAGAGAAAUGAUGUCUUCCGACGCAUCUUUAAACAUCUGCCGGAGAGCGAACACCUCGUCGUGGACUACUCGUGCGCGCUGCAGAGAGACAUACUUGUUCACGGACGUCUCUACCUCUCCGAGGGAUGGAUCUGCUUCCACUCCAACAUCUUCCACUGGGAAACGCUGUUGACAAUUCAGAUGAAGGAGAUUACUGCGGUGACGAAGGAAAAGACAGCGAGGGUCAUUCCCAAUGCCAUUCAGGUGUGCACGCAGAAUGAAAAGUAUUUCUUCUCGUCGUUGGGUGCAAGGGACAGAGCGUUCCUCAUGAUCUUCCGGCUCUGGCAGAACUCCCUGCUUGACAAGACACUGGAUAGUCGGGAGUUCUUGCAGUAUGUGCAACAGGCGUACGGAAGUGACUCAACGCUACACUCGGAAGGAGAUGAACACGCUGUUGGCGAUGAAGCCGAGGAAGCCUCAAAUUCAGCCCCUGAACUGAGUCCACGCACUCCUCGCACGGGCGAAACCACGCGCACCGCACUAGCGCCGGUCACCGUACGCUCACCCCGCAGCCCCGACAACGGGCAGCCCUUGCAAAUCACAGCAUCUCCACGCACACCCCACACUCCCAACACUCCCCACACACCCCAUACGGCCGACACACCACACACCCCUCACACGCCCGGCAGCUCGCGCUCUGCCCGCGCUGCGGUCACCCCGAGCACGCCGAGCUCCUCUGCGCACGCCCCACAUGGGACGCGCACGCCCGACAGGGCUGCCACGCCAGAUAUCAGCAUGGGAUCUCCACGAGCGCCACCAACACACCUGGCGUCCACCUCUCCACACGGCAGCAGAGGAGAUCUCUCGCAGGUGGAUGGCCUGGCCAUGUCAAUGUUGGCAAGAGAAACGACCCCUGAACCACAGAGGCGGGAUUAUCCCUCCCCUGAGCUGGGCCCUGGAACAAAUCCCUCCACGGACGACAGCGAUGCCUCUGAGGGUACCCCUGCAGGUGAUGGUGUGGACAGAAAGCCCCAUACGGUGCCACCGGGCCAGGUGUGCAUCGACCGCGAGGUGUGCGUAGGAAUGGAGAAACUCGAAAAGCUGCUGUUCUCCGACUCAUUGUUCAUGCGGCGCUUCCUCCUGGCCCGUAAAAUCACUGACGUGGUGUGUAAACCAUGGGAGCAGACCAAGCCUGGCACUGAGCAGCGCUCUCUCACCUACACCAUCAACCUCAAUGGCGGACCCUUCACUCCCAAAUCCUCGAGUGCCACCGAGGUGCAGAUUAUGAACAAGGAGUCAUCCGAUUGGUUAGUGGUGGUCUCAGAGGUGGCCACUCACGAUGUCCCUUACAGCGAGUACUUCUUCAACCGCAACCACUUCCUCCUGCAGAGACUCAGCAGCCACACCACCCGUCUGCGGAUCUCAUGGGAGGUGUGCUUCCGUAAGCAACCCUGGGGUCCGGUGAAGGCGCUCAUUGACAAGAGCUCGUCCACCGGCCUCGCUGAGUACUUCGCUCUUCUUGAUUCGGAGUUGUUGCGUGAGGAGGCCAGCAGGCACGCGCAGCCGCACCCAACUGAGCUGAGACAGCGUGCACAGAGCCGGCGUCGGGACGCCCGCGGAGCCGGGGAUGGUGGCGCCACUUCCAACAACGUACACCACGCCGCACCACGCGCCAGCCAUGGGGACCGCGGCAAGACCGCCGGUGUUGGUGCCGACACUGGGAUAUCGCGUCUGCUUUUCAUCGUAGCAGUUGUGCUGCUGAUGCUGGUGUGCCUUAAUGCUGUGCUAUUCUACAAGCUCCGAGCACUGGAGCACACUGCACACCGUCUGUCUGCUUGGCAUGCCCUGGGCACACAGGAGAGUGCUGCUGGCAGUGUGGACUGGGAUUGGCUGGAGCUGCACCGAGGAAAGGUCCGCCGUGCCGAGGUUCAGAAAUGGAAUGAAAUCCUGAGAACCAGCCUUGCCGUACUGGACAAGAUGAAGAUGUGGCUCGCUGGACUGCAGAAGGAUUUUCUGAUGAACAACAGCAGUGCAUUGCACACACAAGCUCCAUGAACAUACUAUGCACUUCAUAUCAGGGGGACCACACAAGAAUGUGCACCAUCGUGCACUGUUUACACCACGUCCUCAUUUCCCUUGGUUGAUUUCGUCGUAUUUAUGUUGGUGCCGUGCAAUUGAGAUAUAGUUAUGUCGUGUUGUGUGGGGUUUUGUGGGCUUGCAUGUGGAAGUGGGGAGGGGUUAGGUUUUUUGUGUGUAUCAGCACUUUACCAGCAGCAUGUGACACCUCUUGUGCUGUUAUACUGCGUUACUGAUGAUCUUUAUUUAAAGUUACACUUUUUUGGCAACGAUCGUGUUAUCCAUCGUCUUUUAUGAUUGAUUCAUUUGAAUAUCAAAUGAUUUCCCCCACGUAUCCAUGUUUCUCUCUCAAAAAUGAGGUGCUGCUUUUACCUGACCAUAGUUUAUCUUUGGUUCUUUCGGUAAAGUCACGUAGGUAUAAAAUUAAUCACGACGUUUCGGGCACAACACAAGCAUCCGUCAUCAGUUGGGAAAGCACCUGAUGGUGAGAAAGCCCCAUCUGACGGACGCUUGUGUUGUGCCUGAAACGUCGUGAUUUAUUUUAUACACUACGUGACUUUACCGAAUCAACAUAGUUUAUCUUUUAACCUUAUCUGUCUUCCAUUAGAGGUUUUUUUUACUAGAUCACGCAAUGCGAGCCCUUUGAUCUCGUCCUUCCUGUCUAUUGUCUAUUAAAAUAGCCUUUCCAACGGUAAUCCCUAUUGAAGUAUGCUCACCUUUAUAGCCAUGCAUUUAAAGAAUGUAUUAUUUGAUGAUUCGCUUCCACGCAGCACUAAGGUGGUAGCUAUCCGAACGGUUAAAAUUAUUUUUAUUUCUUUCAAUUUUGAUAGAUUCUUUAAUUAGUCUUGGCCAGUAGUAGCUAGUUUUGCACAGAACUUCAACAUCAAAGUCAAUUGAGUGUCCUUGUUGGCACGUGUGUUCUGCUACUGCUGACAGUUGUAUUUGGGAUAAUUUAAUAUUUCUCUGAAGUUAUUUUAGUCUCGUGCUGAUCAUUCGUCCUGUUUGCCCAACAUAACAUUUACCACACGUGCAGUUAAUCCUGUACCCCCCCCCCCCCAACUUGGCGCAAGCGCGCAGAAGCGUGGUCACCACAUCUACGCUUCUAUAUAAGGAACAAAACAGUGAGACUUCUCCACAAAUCUGGCUGUCUCCUGAUGAAGCUAGUUGCAAUUACUGGCAAAAUGUCGUACUCAGAUUGUAAAUGUUGCGGCUUGGCUCUCCAACACACCGGUGUGCUGUACGAGUGACGAAUUGGCACGUUCUGUUUGUGACAACCCUUACAAGUUGGCUGUCAGGUGGUGGUGGUUUUAACGACAUAUUUACGUGAUCUAACCCAAAAAAAACUGGAUGUUGGUCGCGAAAUCCUACGUGUUAAACUUGUCUUUAUAAGAUAGCCUUAUAAUACACUGCUGGAUUGUUUCA